UUCACGAUAAAAACAAACGUGUUUGGUUUUUGUUGCACGCGUUCAGUUUAAUUUCAACUAUAUUUUCGAAAACUAAGCGAUUAAUAAAAUGAUUUCACCCAAGAAAUCAAAAUCCUGCAAAACAGAUAAAAGUAUUUCAAAAGGAGCACCACGUGGUGUUGAAAAUAAACAGGAAAAUAGUGGUAGCAACGGAGACCUCAACAGAAAAGCUAAACUCAGUAAAAAUGCAACCCGCGUGCGUAGUCGAGAAUACGCUCAUCGCCAGUGUCGUCUAAUCAUUCGCAAUCUGAGUUACAAGAUAACGGAAAAAAAGCUACGGGUGGAAUUCGAAAAGUAUGGCACCCUCGAAGAGGUUAGCAUUCUGAAACGGCCGGAUGGGAAACUGGUAGGAUGUGCCUUCAUACAAUAUGCCAAACGAGAGGAGUCUGAUCGCGCUGUCGACGCAAUGAAUAACAACGUAUUUAUGGGACGGAAAAUAGAGCUGUGUUAUGCCCUGCACAAGGAAACCUACAGCAAGAUUAAGAAAAAUACCGACACCAAGAAAGAGGAAGUUGAGGAAUCUGAUGCAGAAGUGAAAGAAGAAAAAGAUUUCGAAAAAAUGGAAACCGAUGCGGACUGCGCUGAGGAUUCGAUUUUAGAGGAUACAAAGCCGACGUUGGAAAAAAAGCAAAAUCACACUGAAAUAGAUGAAGGUAGAACAGUUUUCCUUAAGAAUGUACCUUACGAUGCAACUGAUUCCGAUUUGAAGGAUAUUAUGUCUCAGUUUGGAAUCGUUGAGAAGGUUCACAUCAACAAAGAACGAAUUUCGGGGCAUUCUAAAGGGACCGCCUUUGUUAUUUUCAAGUUGAGCGAUUCCGCUGAAAUGAGCCUGAGACAAAGCUAUAAGAUACAGGUAAACAAUCAGUUCAUUGAGAUUGUAAAAGCUUUGAAGAAGAAAGAGAUACGCGAGCAGGAGAGUAUCAAAACCGACAAAACCGGGAAAGAUUCAAGGAACCUCUACUUAUUGAAGGAAGGACUUAUAAUGGCAGGUUCGGCAGCAGCCCAGGGUGUUUCAAAGACAGAUAUGGCGCAACGCUUAAGACUCGAGCAAAGAAAUUCUCAAGUGUUGAAAAAUUUGAACCGAUUCGUCGCUAAAGAGCGGCUUACUAUACAUAAUAUUCCAGAAAACUACACAAACGGUGAUCUUCACAAGAUGGUUCAGAAUAAUACAGGUUUCAAACCACUGGAGUGUCGAGUGAUGCGAGAAAAUUGUCCAUCAUUUGGAAAUCCAUCCGGAAAGUCUCGUGGAUAUGGGUUUUUGUCUUUCAAAAAACACGAAAUCGCAUUGGAGGUGCUUCGAAAAUUGAACAACAAUCCAUCUAUUUUCGGAGCUAACAAUCGACCAAUUGUUGCGUUUAGCAUUGAAGAUCGCAAUGUACACAACAUAAAACAGCAACGUCUGCUAAAAUCGCGACUCAACAAUCCUACGUAUCAGCAAAAGAUGGAAAAAAUACGCAAGAAAAAAGCGGAGAGAAAUCUUCUCAAAAAGGAGCAGAAAAAGACACUCAAUGAUCAGCUGGCGAUCAUUCCUAACACUUCGAUCAGUGCUAUGAAAGUUUCGAAAAAACAAGACGUUAAAACUACGAAGAAAGAACGGAAACGGAAGCUACUUGAGUCCACUGAGGAUUUCACAGGGGAAAUUUCCCGGCAGGGAAGGAUGGGAAUACGAUCGAAUAGAAAAAUCAAUUCACAAGCAGAUGCGCAUAUGGCUCGGUUGAAGGCAGAAAAGAAGGAAGCUCGUAAAAAACUAGUCAAGAGAGAACACGAACGGAAUCGGAAAUUAAAGGCAUCGAGACGCAUUAAGCCUAAGCAAACCAAGUCUGCGGAAAUCAAAAAAGAGGACCAAUAUUUUCUACAAACUGUGGGCAAAUAUAAGACUAUUCUGAGCCAAGCCUCAAAUAAGAACGAACGCAGUAAAUGGUAUAGUGAGUAAUGUAUAAGAAUUAGUUGUUAAUACAUUGAAAUACUUGAAA